CCACUCUUUUUGACUUAACCUAGCUGUCCUACAUUUUAUUUCUCCACAGAUGUACUGUCCAUUCUGUGGGUCCAGCGUGACAGCUCCCCAUGGCGUUUGUGGUGUCUGUGGCAGAGACAUCACGUUUCUAAAGGAUGUGGCUGACAAAGUCCCUGAGGAGAUGCCCACCACUAGUGCACAGCCUAGCACCAGUGCAGCAGGAAGCUCAGCUGUAGUAUACUUAUCUAGGGAAAAGAAACAGAAAAUAGUGAAGAUUUCUGUUGGAGUAAUGAGGAUGAUGGAUGGCUUCCUUAGACCUGUGAGAGGGAGGUUACUUCCCCUUGAUGUUGAACCUCAAUGGUCAUGUCAAGAACUGUUAGCUGCUGCCAUAAAAAAUCAGAAAGAUUUUAAACAGGUCGUGGAAGAUGGUGCCCAUGUUUUGUUAUACCCUGAUGCGAGGGAGAUUACAAAUAUCCCCGGAACGGACAUCCCUUUCACAGUGGAGAUGUACAAAAAGACCAGUGGAAAGCCCUACCAACGGAUUGCGUUGUACAUCUGUACUGUUGAAGACUUGGAAAACAGUUGUGUUGCGUACUGCGCCCAGCAAAUUCAGGUCCUGAAGGACCCUGAGGUCAUGAGCCAGCGGGUGGAAUACAAGGAUACCAUUAAAGAACUCUACAAACUGGGACUCAAGCCCGCUUUGCUCUUCCCCGCUCAGCUUCGCCUCACACUCCCCGGUGGAGGAAGAAAGUGGAUCAGCUCUGUGGAGGAAGCAAAGAAGUACAUCGCCACCCUCCAGAAGUCAUCGGAACCGCAAAAGUGACCCUGUGCCUGUGCCCGGGAGAUGAGAGGAAGCCAUCUCUGCCGUCAGUGUUGUCUCUCUUGAACUUUCAAAUAAAUGUGGAUUAAUGCCAGCGGUUUGUUUACUUGCUUAACCUGCAUGUUUACCCGGAGCCGUGUUUAAGUACGUUUGUUCCUUUUUCAUGCUGGGAUGCAUUCUUUCAUUCUAUUAUGGACUUGAAAAGCACUCUUAUUAUACGCACCUCUCAAUGUGUCAGUGUAGAAACUUGGCAGUCUGGAUUUACUAUAUAUGCUACCUGUCUUUCUUUUUUUAGUACCCAAUGACAUGUCUUGGCGACUUACGUUAUCGGUAGCCUCGUUCCAGAGUUUCUACUACCUUUUGUUGAUUGAAGCCGAAAAAAGUUCCCUUCUGUAGGGCGGUUCAAUUUUUUUUUGUUUACGACGCUGGAGCAAUACGUGUGUUAGUUAGGAUAGGAAGAGUUGUUAAAAAUGUGUUCUGAAGAGCUUGCUGUUAAUUUUAUUAGCAGCUGUC